AUGUCAAACGCACAGUGCAAUAAACGCCUUAAAGAGAAACUGAACGUUCACAUGAGAGAACGACUACUGACCUCCGCCAUCCGUAUCGCAACAGCCGCGGCGGUUCCACGCGGGGGUCAAGACACUACUCCUUUUUGGACUCCAGAAUUAGAUGAAAUCGAAGAGAAGAUUCACAAUUGUAAACAUUCUGUCUCUCGAGACAGACUGGUAGCUCGCAGAAGAGAAAUGCUAAAACAAGCAUCCCAUAAGAGAUGGAAAACCCUCUGUAAUAACAUGGCCGUGGCAUACGGCUGCUGUUGA